CCGUGAAAAUGACGAUGGGCGAAUCUACCACCGUCCCUACGACAGCGACCACGUUUUCACCACCGCCGACCGCCGUGGAAUGCUCUCCAUGGCACUCUCCGAUCCCCUACCUGUUCGGCGGGAUGGCGGGGACGCUAGCGAUAAUCGCACUCGCGCUCCUCCUCCUAGCCUGCUCCUAUCGGCGGCGUUACGGCGGCAGGGAAGAAGACUUGGAGAAAUCGGAGGGGAACUCCGGCGGCGAGGCUCCACCGGCUUUUGAAGACAAAGUUCUCGUUAUUAUGGCCGGCGAAGUGAAGCCGACUUUUCUCGCAACGCCGACGGAUUUUCCGAUCAGAAUCGACGGCGAAAAAUCUGAAAGCAAAGAAGAAGAAGGACGAAGAGAAGAAUCAGCCGUAGAUUGCUUAAAUUUCGCCGGACGACGGCGGAGCAUGAAUCGGUAGGUUCGCCGUCAAGGCCACGUGGCGGGAUGUGAUUGGGGGUGUAGCGGAAGGGAAACCGCGUGCGAAACAGAGGAUGGGAAUAUGCGAUGAGGCGAUGCGAAGCCGCAUAGCUGUACUGGCACGCCUGCAUUUAAUGCAAGCGGUUAUAGUCUGAUUACUUUAUGUGGCUACUCGUGAGUCGUGAUUUCUACAACUUUUUCGUGUAACAGCCGCCGCGUUUUGCAAUAAUACGAUGGACUAUUUCCAAAUUUGCCCCCAAAAGGAGUUUAAAAAUGAUGGAAAAAGAGUGGGAAAUUUGGUAAGAGGGGUAAUAAGUAUGGACUAUAAUAAAUGGUGAGAGUUGUCUUUUCUUGUUAAGUGUAUUGGGUUUAAUCUAAUGGGCCGUAUAGAUAGGCCCAAUUGAGUUUAGGUGGGUCGGUCUGGUUUUUAAUGUAAACUUUCUAGAAACUUCCCCCAAAUAUCGCUGUAGUUAUGAUCGAAAAAAG